UUUUGUUUUCCGGGUUAUCUGUUAGGCGUGGUGAAUCAAUUUUUAAUUAUUCAAAAUGGCGGCUCCUAAGUUAACCUUUCUUCCUCAGGUAAAGCAGCUCUCUCCACGCGUCAUGAGGGUACUAGGGCUCAAUCCUGGUCACAUGACUCUUCAAGGCACCAACACGUACAUUGUUGGGACUGGAAGCAAGCGUGUGCUGAUAGAUACUGGUGAGCCCAACAUACCAGAGUAUAUCAGCCUAUUGAAGGAAACACUGGCGAACCUAAAGGCUAGUUUAGAACACGUCCUCAUCACUCACUGGCACUAUGAUCACACUGGAGGAGUGAAGGAGGUUCAAUCAAUCAAUCCUAAUGAUCCACCAUUGUUCUCAAAGUUCCCAAGGAGAGAGCCUGAGGCCAGUACCGCUGAGUCUGACUACUCACCAGUUCAGUAUAAUUACCUAUCAGAUGGUGAUGUGCUAGAAACUGAGGGAGCUACCCUUCGCGUGAUCUACACACCCGGACACACUGAUGACCAUAUAUCGCUUUACCUUGAAGAAGAGGGCGCCAUUUUUAGUGGAGACUGUAUUCUAGGAGAGGGGACAGCUGUUUUUGAGGAUUUAAAGGAGUACAUGGACUCACUUCAAAAGUUAAAGACUUUCAAACCAAAGCUCAUCUAUCCUGGUCAUGGCCCAGUGCUCAAUGAUGCCAUGGGUGCUAUUGAAGAAUACAUCACUCACAGAAUGUCAAGAGAAAAACAAAUACUGGAUGCUUUGACAACCUCUCCUCGUGCUUUGACCUCUAUGGGCAUUGUCAAAAUUAUUUAUAAAGAUGUGCCAGAGGCUCUUUGGCCCAUGGCAGAGAACAAUGUCAAGCUUCAUCUGGAGAAACUUCGCAAAGAAAAUAAAAUAGUAAUUGAAGCAAGGCCAGGGGCAGAUGAUUUGCACUGGAAAGCUGUGCCGUCAAAGAUAUAACAUUUCUAUUAUAAUAACACUGACAAAUUUUUUAAUGUUUUUUUUACCAUUCAGAGCGAGGAAAAUCAUGAAACUGAUAAUUGGUGUAUAAUAGUAAUAAUUACAUAUAAUUAUCAUAAUUAUUUUGUGUAAUAUAUAAAUGAUACAUUUUUGUUCUUUGCUGAAA